GCACCCCACGUGGUCUUCUGGACAACUUGCCCACUGGAAGGAUAUUUUUCAAUGAAAAUCUGUAAACAUGUACACACGUUUACAGAAAUUGAUCUCUCCUGCGGUUCUGUGUGGGCAGAGGAGGCUGAUAUAUCUCUCUCCAAUAACACAAAGUAUAGACAACGUCGACUGGAGAUUGAAGAAAGGUCUCCCAGAUAAUCCUAACCGAAUGGCAAUCCUGCGGGAUGGCCCUGAUUAUACCUUCCUCGACGGCAAACCCACGCCUUAUGGUACAGGGCAGAAAUUAAGAAUCAUGAAACAGAGGGAGUACACCGCUAAAAUUAUACAAUUGUCUAAAGAAGUAGAUUUUGCCCUGGAGAGGUACAGAAAUUUGAAGCAAGCCGAGAAAGAGCAAAAAGAGAUGAUCAUCGCCUCAAAACUAAAAGAAAAAGGAAAACAACACUUGAGUUAAUCUUGUAAAUAAAUUUUGUCAGUUUAGUAGUAAAAUUUUGUGUAUAUUUUUCUUUAUAAUUUUUGUAAAUAUACAAAUAACCCAAAUAAAUCGACUCUUAUUAAGCCAA